AUGCCGGUUGAAUCCGUCCACUGGAUCCGCGUCGUCGCCUCGUCCCCGUCGCACGCCGGACGCCGUCACCGGCGACCAACGUCGCCACCGUCCACUUUCGAUCCCCCCGCUUCCGCCGCCGUUUCCACCGUGGACGACGACGACGACGCCAAGACAUCUCUCUCGCGCGCCCAGGCCCGUCUCGACAAAGCCAAGCGUGUCGUCGAGGGUUUCCAAGCCGCAUUCACGGCCACGGUGAGUGAGUUGGACCGACUCAACAGAGGCCUCAGGGGUGCGGAGGAGGAAGUGGUCAGGGCCAGCGGCGAGAGGGACGCGAAGUGGAGAGCGGCGAGGGAGAUAGAGACGCGGCAGAAAGAGCGGGAGCGUGAGUGGGAGAGGGAGCGCGAACGCGAACGCGGACGGGAACGGCGCGAGAGGGCGGCGCGACGACAGGGAAAGGGGGAAGAAGAUCGUACCGGAGUCAGGAGGGUGGUGCGUGUGGUCAUUUCUUGA